AUGGCUUCAAUACGCAUACUCAAUUCGCUACCAGCGUCCAUCACUCGAUCUGGCCGACUUUCCAAAGUCACGGCUCCAAUUGCGGCAUAUCGAACAUUCUCGUCGUCCACUUUGCGCCUGGAGCCGGAACCUUUCAAGGACGGCAAAGAUCCUCGAACAGUACCUGCUGCAUCUUCAACGGAAAAGGCCUAUCCCAAUUUCAGUCUACGCAACAAGGCAUAUGUUGUUACGGGAGGCGGACGAGGACUGGGCCUUACCAUAGCGGAAGCCAUGGUACAAGCGGGCGCACAAGUGCAUUGUUUUGAUCGACUAGACACUCCUCACCCCGAUUUCGCACUAUCGCAAGAAGCGUCCAAGAACGUGGAGGGGUCAAUACAUUACCAUCACGUCGACGUGCGAGACAGAGAACACCUGAGCAAGACCAUCAGUUAUAUCACCAAAGAACACGGGCAGAUCGAUGGACUGGUAGCAGCCGCGGGCAUUCAGCGUGUCAAAGACGCGGUAGACCACACUCCCCAAGAUGUCGCAGAAUUGAUGGACGUCAACUUAACGGGCGUCUUCAUGUCCGCCAACGCCGUCGCGCAGCAGAUGAUGCACACCAAGCGGCCGGGAUCCAUUGUGCUCGUGGCCAGUAUGUCAGGAAAGAUUGCCAAUAAGGGGCUGACCUGCGCUGCAUACAAUGCCUCCAAGGCAGCAGUCAUUCAGCUCACGCGAAAUCUGGCGAUGGAAUGGGGGAAGCAUGGAAUCCGGGUGAACGCGCUGUGUCCCGGGCAUAUCAUCACCCCCAUGGUUCAAAAGAACUUCGAGGAGGUUCCCGGCUUGAAAGAAACAUGGGAGAAGGAGAACAUGCUAGGUCGAUUGGCUGUUCCGGAAGAGUUCACAGGCGCCACGAUCUUCAUGCUCUCACCAGCAAGCAGUUUCAUGACGGGAAGCAGUCUUGUCGUUGAUGGUGGACAUACAGCUUGGUAA